AUGAGCCACCCAAUCCCCUUCUCCUCCCUCCAAAAAAUCCCCCUCUGCUACGCCUCCUGCAGCAUCGGCAGCGACGCCAGCGACACCCUCCCCAAAAAGCUCGAAGCCAUCUCCGCAGCGGGCUUCAAAGCCAUCGAGCUCAGCUUCCCGGACAUCGUGGACUACGCGUCACGCAUACUGGGCCAUCAAGUCGCGACGGGGAACUACGCGGAGCUGAUCACGGCGGCGGGGGAGAUCCGCAAACUGUGCGAGGCCAAUUCGCUCAAGAUACUUAUGUUGCAGCCGUUCGCGAAUUGGGAGGGGUGGCCGAAGGAUUCAGCGGAGAGGCAGGAUGCUGUUACGAGGGCGAACGGGUGGAUUGAGAUUAUGAAUGUUGUCGGGACGGAUAUGUUGCAGGUCGGAUCAACAGACGCCCCCCCGUCAAAAAUAACCUCCGACAAAGCCCAACUCGUUUCGGACCUCCGCGAACUGGCCGACAUGCUAGCAAAGCGCAACUUCCGCCUCUGCUACGAAAACUGGUGCUGGGCCACAUACGCCCCGACCUGGAAAGACGUCUGGGAGAUCGUGAAAGCCGUCGACCGCCCCAAUGUCGGUUUAUGCUUAGACACCUUCCAGACAGCGGGCGGGGAAUGGGGUGAUCCCACCACGGCCUCGGGACUAAUCGAAGACGUACCCUUCGAGGUCCUCAAGCGGAACUUUGCAUCGAGCAUGCAGGAGCUUUCUCGCACCAUCCCGCCGGAGAAGAUAUAUCUGCUUCAGAUCUCGGAUGCAUAUAAGCCCACUACCCCGAUUGAGAGGAAGGACAAGGGUGGAUUGCGGCCGCGGGGUCAAUGGAGUCAUGAUUUCCGGCCGUUUCCGUAUAAUGGGGGCUAUUUGCCUGUUGAGGAGGUGACACAAGCUGUUUUGAGAACGGGGUUUCGCGAUUGGUUUUCUGUGGAGGUUUUUGACGGGGGGCCGGAGGGGAAGGGGAAGAAGUAUGAUAUGAAUGAGUAUGCGAGGCAGGCGAUGGAGAGUACGCAGCGGUUGUUGAAGAAUUGCGCUUCGGAUUAG